AUGAUCACCAUCUGUCCAACGGCUUUUCCCCACAUCUGGGAUAAUAUCCUCUCCUGCGCAGACAUCCUUUCCGCGAUAGGCCUCCGCGCAGCCUGCCGCCGUUUCCGAGAGGAGGUCGACGACCGUCUAUUCCCCGCAGUGGUCAUCACAGCGGUUCCCCGCCACGGCAAAGUGGACAAAUCGAUCUUCGUCUCCCGCCCCAAGCCGUAUACGCCCUACGGUCUCCAGUUGCGCGCCAUGUGGGGCGGAGCGUUGGUGACCAUAGGCCCAGUGAUGCCCUGGCCGGGGAAACACACUGAGAACAAGGGGAAACAUGAUGGGCGCCGCACCCGCCCAAACGGCAAGGGGGGACACAAUACGCAGCGAAAUGCCACGCUGCGCAACGGCAAACUGCGCAAGAACCUGCCCGCAAAGCGGCCGCGACGAGUCCCACCCCACCUGGAUGGGGAGCACCUCGUCCCCGCUUGGCCGAGGCUCGUAGCCCGCGCGACAAAGAAACUCAGCGUCGUCGUCGGCAGUCCCCAUGCAACGAGCAUCGUAGGGUGUCCGACGUCGACGCGUCUCGUGCUCCACCAGCCCAUAUAUGACUGGACAAUCACCUACCCCACGUUGAGGCUCUCCGGUAAACGUGCGCGCGAGGUCGUUAUCGUCUAUCCCGAACACUCAACGACGUCGUCCGCGAUCGACAGCCCUAUUGUUCUUCGAGGCAACGCCCAGGGUCGCCCCAAGUUCACCCUCACCGUCGUGGCGGAUGAACCCCAGGCGAUCCGCUUCGUUGCCGCGGGCACGAAUGUGCCUCUGCCCCGCGAUUUGUUCCAAUUCCGAACUCGUGAAGAGCACAAACUACUCCUCAGCAAAAAGCAGUGGCAGCUGGAGAUGGACAUUAGCGAGUACAUGUAG